AUGGGAUCCUUCUUCUCUUCCGCCGGUGCUGACCCCGACGCCGACGCCGUCGACUUCCCUUCCUUUGAUCGCCAGAGAAAACAUGAGCGUUUUGCCCUCGCUGCCAACAUGUACACCAUCUUUGCCCUCGGCCAUUACAACUCCAGGAACCCGGAUGUUAUGUUCUAUCCUGCUGCGGAGCCCAUGGAAGUGCCCAGGGUCGCCUGUGUCGGCUUCAGGCAGGACUUCUGGUACCAUGUCGGCUUCUGGGCCCGGCGGAGGGAUGCCACUGACGACACUGAACAGAAGUACUUCUUUGCCGAGCUGCGGUUCGAGCGCCGCUCUAGACGGUUGGUGGUCGAGACAUGCACCCUCUUGGAAAAGCCGAUGUGCCGUUUCAAGAGUAGGUGCGCAUUCUGCCCGGAUAGAUUCCAGAUCUUGCAUCCGAGUGAUGCUGAAGAGUUUACUUGUGGGAAGAAAAGGCACAAAAAGAAGUUCUUCAGGGAGAGAAAUAUGCUUGGCAGGCCUUUCAUGCUUAGAUAG